AUGGGAGUCAAACUGUACUACACCACUGUUACUCCGUCUCGCUCGAUAAAGUCCCAGCAGGCUGACGUUACGCGGAUCCUGGAUAGCAAAGGCAUCAAGUAUGAGAUCAUCGAUAUCGCUCAAGACGGAGAGCUUCGGGAAGAGAUGAGGAAGAAUGCGGGAGAUGCUACAGCUGUCCCACCUCAACUCUUCAAUGAGGACCAGUACUGUGGGAACUACGAAAUGUUUUGCGAGGCAGUGGAGGCGGAUACAGUGGACCAGUUCCUGAACUCUCUCGUCGGCCUGGAGAUGAGUGUCCCGGACUACAUGCAGUGUGCCGAGGACCACCAGACUGUCCUUGUGGUGGUCCAGCCAGUGGGCAUCGUAGCCGAAGACCAGUUUUUCAAAAUUUACAAGCGCAUCACCAGCGUCAGCCAGGUGAACAUCCGGGACUCCAAUCGCGUCCUCUUCAUCCGCUACCGCCACCACUACCUGCCUGAAAACAAUGAGUGGGGCGACUUCCAAACUCAUCGGAAAGUGGUGGGACUCAUCGCCAUAACCACCUGCAAUUCGGCUAAAGAGUGGCCCCAAACGGCAGAGCGCUUCCACGGGCAGAAAGAAGUCUACAGCUCCACGCUGUAUGACUCCCGCCUGCUUGUGUUUGGCUUGCAAGGAGAAAUUGCAGAGCAGCAGCGAACAGAUGUGGCUUUCUACCCUGGUUUUGACGACUGUGUAGAGGUGGAGAAAAGGGUGGAGGACUUUGUAGAGUCUAUAUUUAUUGUUUUAGAAUCGAAAAGAUUAGACAGGGCCACAGACAAAUCUGGAGACAAGAUCCCACUUCUCUGUGUGCCCUUUGAGAAGAAAGACUUUGUGGGGUUGGACACUGACAGCAGGCACUACAAGAAGCGGUGCCAGGGCCGGAUGAGGAAGCACGUUGGGGACUUGUGUCUGCAGGCGGGCAUGCUGCAGGAUGCUCUGGUCCACUAUCACAUGGCAGUGGAGCUGCUCAGGGGAGUCAAUGACUUCCUCUGGCUUGGUGCUGCGUUGGAGGGAUUGUGUUCAGCCUCUGUCAUUUUCCACUACCCUGGAGGCACAGCGGGGAAGACUGCAGGACGUAAGCCAAACAUAUCCCAGGCCACUGAUGCAGGGAAGCGUCACCGCCCAGGAGCUCAAGAGGUUCUCAUUGACCCAGGUGCUCUCACAGCCAAUGGUAUUAGUGCAGACACCAGCACAGAGAUUGGACGCACUAAGAACUGCCUGAGCCCUGAAGAUAUCAUAGAGAAGUACAAAGAAGCCAUCUCCUACUAUGGAAAGUACAAGAACGCAGGCGUGAUUGAGCUGGAAGCCUGCGUGAAAGCGGUGCGGGUGCUAGCCAUUCAGAAGAGGGCCAGAGAGGCCUCUGAGUUUCUGCAGAAUGCUGUUUACAUCAACCUGGGACAGCUGUCUGAAGAGGAGAAAAUCCAGCGCUACAGCAUCCUGUCCGAGCUCUAUGAACUGAUUGGCUUCCAUCGAAAAUCCGCCUUUUUCAAGCGAGUGGCCGCCAUGCAGUGUGUGGCUCCCACGAUCCCAGAGCCGGGCUGGAAGGCCUGCUACAAGUUGCUGCUAGAGACUUUGCCUGGGUACAGUCUCUCUCUGGACCCCAAAGACUUCAAGGGUACUCACCGCGGAUGGGCUGCUGUACAGAUGCGUCUUCUGCAUGAGUUGGUAUAUGCCUCCCGUCGCAUGGGCAACCCGGCUCUGUCGGUGCGCCACCUGUCCUUCCUGCUGCAAACCAUGCUCGACUUCCUCUCUGAUCAAGAGAAGAAAGAAGUAACCCAAAGUCUUGAGAACUACACAUCCAAGUGCCCUGGUGGGAUGGAGGUCAUCACUCUUCCUGAUGGCCUGAAACUUCCUCCAGUUCCCUUCACAAAGCUCCCUAUCGUCAGAUCGGUCAAGCUCCUGAACCUCCCGGUCAGUCUGCGUCCUCACAAGGUGAAAGGGCUUGUCCAGAACAUGUCCAGUGCGAGCCCCUUCAUAUACUCUCCCAUUCUCCUCCACAACAGAAAUGAGGAACGCUGCAAGAAGAUCGACUUCCAGUGGGUUCAAGGUGAUGUUUGUGAGGUGCAGCUCAUGGUCUACAACCCUAUGCCUUAUGAACUCCGUGUGGAAAACAUGGGUUUGCUGACCUCUGGGGUGGAGUUUGAGUCUCUUCCGGCUACUCUGUCCCUGCCUGCAGAGUCUGGAUUGUACCCUGUUACUUUGGUUGGUGUCCCUCGUACCGCUGGCAACAUCACUGUCAACGGUUACCACACAUCAGUAUUUGGUGUAAACAGUGACUGCUUGCUGGAGGGCCUGCUCAACGUCAAGAGUAGCGGUUGUUUGGUGGAGGUCAUUCCUUCUCUUCCUCGUUUGCAGCUCAGCACAUCGCUCCCACGGUCAUCUCACACCACUCAGCCCAUGUCUAAGGAGGAGCUGUCCUGUUCUGUGUCGGUCCAGCUUUUCAAUGGAGAAACUCAGAAGCUAACCAUCACUUUAGAAAACAUUGGAACUGAGGACAUUGAAAGCCUGGAACUAAAUUCUAAAACUGUCACCACCAAAGAAAAACUGUAUGGGGAGUUCUUAAGCUGGGAGAUGGCAGAAGCACUCUCUCACCUCCCUCUUAAACCAGGACAAUCGGUGACGCUCGCUGUUGGCGUCAAAGUGAAUCUGGACUUCUCAGGCCAGGAGAACCUAUUGCAAGACCUCAAUGAUGAUGGCAUAAGCGUGACAGGUCUGCCCAUCGCCAGCCCUCUUCGCCAAGUGCUCAAACCUCGUCCUGAAAACAAAUCUGUCAGCAGUGAUUCCGGCAAAGCAGAGUACAACCACAUAAAGCUGUCCACGCGUCCGUGGUUCUGUCCGCGCGUCCGUGGUUCUGUCCGCACGUCCGUGGUUCUACCCGCGCGUCCGUGGUUCUACCCGUGCGUCCCUGAUUCUGUCCGUGAGUCCGUGGUUCUGUCCGUGUGUCCGCGCGUCCAUGUAUGUCGCCUGUUCUGUUUUGGAUUUCCCAGCGUCGCUCUCAUCAGUGUCACGGGUUGA